AUGACGUCUCCCCCGCGUGGCUGGGCACAAGCCCAGGCGGCUCUCCUCGCAGAUGUGAGGACUUUCGACCGCAAAGCUGGGCUGCGACCCGUACAGAAGAUUCAUGUCAAGACGCUCGCUGGGGAGCGCGUGGAGCUCUGGCACGGACUCGAAGACAACGAGGAACCACAGGGGCAAGAGCUGGAUGUGCGAUUGGCCAUCUCCAAAUUACAGGCAAUCCGUGCGGGGGCCAAGCAGGACCGCAUGCCCUGCAGAGUUCUCAAAGGCCUUUACGUAGGUGGCAUCGGAGCGGCCCGGAACCUGCGCGCCAUGCGCAAGGCGGGCAUCACCCACGUCGUCAAUGCCUCCCCCGUGGUCCCCUGCUUCUUCCGCGACGUUCCGGAAGGCGCAGUCACCUACCUCACCAUCCCGCUCUUCGACGACGAGGAGGCCGACCUGCUCAGCGCCCUCCCCGACGUUGUUGAUUUCAUCGCUGCGGCGCGCGCACAGGGCGGCGGCGUGCUGGUGCACUGCUAUGCCGGCCAGUCGCGCAGUGUGGCACUGGCCAUCGGUUACCUGCUCCGCACCCAGCCGGGGCUGGGGGUGCAGGCGGCGCUGGAGCUGGUCAGGCGGACGCGGCCGUGCGCGCGGCCAAACGCAGGAUUCAUGAAGCAGCUGGAGCAGCUCGAGCGAGAGCGGGAGUGA